AGAACCGCUCUUCUCAUAUCCAGGAUUAACGAUGUGCUUGAGGUUUGUACAUGUCGUCCCUCUUCUCGCUGUUUUCCAUCAAGUCUGGAGUCAAAACACGUCUCCUCUCCCAAAGCCGAGCUCUGUAAAGGAGAUCAGCGUGGCCGUGGGUUCAUCUGUGGAGCUGCACUGUGCGAAUGAAACCACAGCAGGAUCAGAUUGGAGGCUGAAUGAAUUAUCGGUUGGCACCGGUGAUGUUCUUCACUUACACAACACCAGCCUGGACGAUCAGGGCGUCUAUACGUGUCACGACCAGGAUGGAGAUACAGUCGAGACGAUACAUCUGAGAUUGGGUUAUGCUCCGUCUCCACCCGAGGUUCGAUGCUGGUCACCGAGUUAUCCAGUUAAAGCCCUGUGCUCAUGGACUCUCACUCCAGACCCUGUACUGCAGACCCAGUACAUCUCCACCUACUGGUAUCAAGGGGUUGUCCACCCGUGCCCGAGACAGGACGAGCAGGUCAGACGGUGCGUGUUAGAAGGACUGGACAUCUACUCCAACGAGCCGUACCUGGUUAACAUCACCGCCGUCAACGCUCUGGGGAGCGCGAGCCGCAUCAUUUCUGUUAUCUUCGAGGACAUCGUGAAGCCGAACCCUCCAGUUAACGUGAAAGUGAAGGUGUUACCAGGUAAGAAGAUCUCUGUGCAGUGGUCUCCUCCGCCCACGUGGCCGGACCCCGUGAACUUUCCCCUGAGGUACAACGUGCAGUUCCAGUGGGGCAAACCAGAGAUGACUAGUGUAAUGCGCUCAAUCGAGUCAGACAGUGUGGUCCGGAGCGGGAUUGUGGCUGGACGGACGUAUUUUAUCAGAGUGUCCUGCAUGGAUUUCCUCGGUCAUGGUCAGAGCAGCGACUGGAGCGACCUUGUGAACGUUACUCUGCCCAAGAGCUGAAACACAGAUAAUAGAUAGAAGCCGCUUUUACACUAUAAGUUUGUCAAUUCUUGUCAGAACUUGUAAGAGAAGUACGUUGUCUGAGAAAAAAGUUUACACAGAAUAAAGUUAAUAAAGCAAGA